AUGGAGCAACUAAAAGUUCUAAUUUAAGAAAAAUAUAAAGGAAGUCCUCUUUUAAUUGGAUUACAAGGAAUGCAAGGCGUUGGUAAGACAACUCUUGGAGUUCAAAUGAAAACCCUGUUCUCAUCAUUGAAUAUUCAAUUUGAUAGUAUUAGCAUAGACGAUUUUUAUCUGAGUUAUGUAGAUUGGGAGAAGUUAGAUAAAACAAAAUACAAAUAUAGAGGACCUCCAGGAACUCAUGAUUAUCAAAUGAUAAUUAAGACACUAAAAUCAUUUAAGGAGGGUAACAGCAUUGAGGUACCAAUUUUCGAUAAAAGUCUGCAUAAUGGACAAGGAGAUAGAGUAGGAUAAAAGACAAUAAAGUGCUAGGUUUUAUUAUUCGAGGGAUGGUUUGUUGGUUAUAAGAGCAAAUGUUUAUAGGAGUUUAAAUAAAAAUAAAUGGCAAAAUUACAAUUAAAUGGAAAAGAUUAUGAUGAGAAUUUGGAAGUUUUUAUUAAUGAAUAAUUGAAACUCUAUGAACCUGUAUGGGAAUAGUUUGAUUUAUUAAUUCAAUUGAAACCUAAUCCUUUUGAGUUAAGUUUAAAAUGGAGAUUAGAGGCAGAAAAGGAGAUGAGACUAAAAACAGGAAAUGGAAUGAGUGAUGAAUAGAUUGUUGAUUUCGUAACAUUUUUUUGGAAUUGUUUACAUCCAUUAAUAUAUAAUGAAUUGAAUUGUGAUUUGGUUAUUGAGGUGAACGAAGCAAGAUAAUAUAAAGUUUUAUGA